AUGGGUCAAAAGGAACUCAAGAAUCGGAUCUGUCUCGGCCAGACACCAUACGUCGCACCGGGUUCGCCCCGACAACCAAAAACUCGUUCUACCGUUCGGUAAGCCAGCCCUCCUUUCGACCCUGAUUGUUCCGCAACACUCUAGUCUAACCAGGUGAUGCCUUCCGACAGUUCACCUCUUGCUACUCAAUCCUCCGGCGACGACGCUUGCGGAUCUCCAAACAUGUCAGUAGCGAUCAAAGCAUCGCUGGAAGCUGCUUCGGGCCCCGCAGCAGGAAGGCGCGGCUCUACACUCUCACCUAUCAAAGAGUACACCGAUCAGGGCUCCAUCUAUUUCGAGUCAAAGGUUGGUCGAAGCUGUACCUCGGCUCAUGCUGUGUCCGAUGCGAGCUCGCCGUCUCCUUCGCCGCCGUCGGCCAAUACUUCUCGAACGACAAGUCCGAGCCCCUCGCUUCGCUCCGAAGACGGCGUAGCAGAAGUCCGCCUCCCCUCUACCCGCCCGUCCGUGAUACACUCCCGAUCGGCGCCAAAUACCGUCGAAAUGUUCAGGCGUUGCACGGAAGCGUUGGCCACGAAGUGCGAGUCGCACCCACAACAACCCGCCGACAACGAUCGUGAGAUUUUGGGAAAGUCCACCACGCCGCCUAAACCAAUCAAUCUCAGGCGCUCGACCUCGUCCUCGGCGCUGCAUUGA